AUGUCUUCCCCCAGACUCAUUCCCCUAUGGAAGGAUUUUAAAUACCUCAUAAGUGACAUACUUAAAAGCAAGCAAAAUUUAGAUGACUCAAAGAAUGAUGUAGUUGUGCUGAGUGACCGGCCUGAGAUAGUAUUCAAAGAAUCUCGCCAUCCUCAGAAUAUGCCACUUAUAUGCUAUUACUUCAGUGAUGCCGACUUCUUUGCCUCUCUCUCAUGGGUGAAAAGCACAAAAGAAAUACAGGCUGUAGUUUGGGUGAAGAGCAAAACUGAGGAUGCGGUUGAGAAGAGAACAUUCUCCAUGACUGGACGAUUGCAGCCCAUCCAGUGUAUGGUACACACAGGUCCCUUUCAUAUCCUUGUGGCCUACUGUGGUGACUUGCUUCUGCGGCUCUUCGGGGACCACUUUCGGUCAUUCAAACCCCUGGGUAUAGUACCCUGCCGCUUUAACAUCAACUGCCUCUGCUAUGAUCCAGAAAUGAAGAUGCUUCUGUCAGGUAUCCUGGGGGCAGUGGUCACCUGGACCAUUGAACAAAGUGGAAGGGGCCUCCAAAUCAUGCACACGGUUUCCAUGCCUGGUGAUGAACUUGUCCAGGACAUCAUAUUGAAUGGCCCCAAUGGCUCCCUUCUAGCCUUGUGUGAGACUGUGGUGAGGGUCCUUGAGCGUCAAGGCCAGAGUGAGCUAGUAGAAGUGAAGAGGUUCACUUCUACCACUAGUGGCUCAUCUAUCACCUGCUGCUUCACCUGUUUUGAUCAGGGCUUUCUCUAUGCUGGAAACAGGACUGGGUACAUCCAGGUAUGGAGCCUCAGUCAGAGCUUCUCUUUCCACAGUUUCAAGGCCCAUUCCUCAUCAGUGAUAUGUAUCUGCAGCCGGCCAGAAGCCCACACUCUGCUAACAGCUGGUAAGGAAGGUUUCAUUAAGGAGUGGAACCUUACUUCUGGGAAUCUGCUUCGGCAACUAGAACUUGGUGAGGAAUUGUAUCGACUCCAAUUUAUUGAUAACAUUACUUUCUUCUGCCAAACUGCCCAUACUUUCUCCUUGCGCCGUCUGCCCUGCUUCUAUAGCCUCUUCAAUGUUUGUGGCUCUGCUCCAGAGCAGGUUCGUCGGGUCCGCUGUGGUAAUAACUGGUUCCGGAUCUUAUGCACUACUGAGGAUGGCUUAUUACGCUUUGUGUCCCCAAUAACAGGGGAUCUUCUGGUUCUCACCUGGCCCUUCUCAAUCCUAGACCAGGCUGUGGAUUGGGCCUAUGACCCAGAUAAAGAGGAGCUCUUUGUAGCAACAGGGGGCUCAGACGUGCUGGUCUUUGACACAACCCGCUGCCCUUGCCCAGCCAAGUAUCUUCUAUGCACCUCACCAAAUUCUCAGGACUCAGUACAAUGUAUGGCUUAUGGGCAUUUCCACCUGGGUCGGGGUCUAGAAGGACUAAUAUUUUCUGGAUACCAGAGUGGUAUGAUAAGAGUCCUUUCCCAGCACAGCUGUGCCCGAAUAGAGAAAUUCAUGCACUUUGGAGCUGUAUUGGCCCUUUCUACACUGCCUGGAGGGCUUUUAGGUGGCCGAGAAAACUCUUUGCUUUGUUCUUAUGGAAUGGAUGACUAUAUACACCUAUCUGAAGCUGUGCUUAAUGGGACCAGAGUACAUCUGCGUCCUCUAGCUAGCAUUCUCAGCAGCUGUCACCUAAAACACCUGAUACUCUUGCCAAAGUCUGUGGGUGCUAUCACAGAAACUAACUGCCUGCGUCUCUGGAAAUUCCAUGAUUUUCUGCCCUCUGAGACACAGGCAAAGUUUAUAGAGACGUUGCCUCUGCAUCAGUGUGCAGUUACAUCCUUUGAUGUAUGCCUGACCUUGAGUCUUUUUGUCACAGGUAGCAUUGAUGGCUCUGUCCGAAUAUGGAACUUUCACGGUAGACUUGUAGCCAUGCUGGACUCAUCAUUGCAUUUUGGUCCACUCUGCUUUGCAAAUGACCGGGGUGACCUGCUUUUGACUUUCAACCAGAGUCUUUAUCUGGUAUCCUGUUUAAAACUACUUCCUCCAACCCUGUUGGUUCGCCUUUCCUUUAUGAGCAUCACAGAUGAUGUGCUAGAAAUCCCUAAGCCUUUCAUACCAAGCUUCUUCUUCUCCUUUGAGACCAUGUUUGUGCCCAAAUAUAUCUACCUUGGACAAAGGCAACAAGUAUUAGUGGGUCUGGAGAAACUUGUCAAUAAGCGGGCCAUUGCCUUUGACCAUACUGUGCCACAUGUCAUAGAAGAUGAUGAGCAAGGAAGCUCCAUAUUACUGUCUUCCCCAAGACCUGGUUCCUUGAAUAAGGAGGACACUAAUAUACACUUGAGGAAACCUUAUUCCCAUUAUGUGGUUCCUCCUCAACUACAGUUGACUUCCUGGGAUGGACUUAACCCUUAUCAGAUACUGAAAUGCUACUUUGGUUAUGGACGGAAAUGGCCCUUUGCUCCUGAUUGCUAUAUCCCUAACUCAGUGAUUCGUGCCCGUCUUUGGCCAGAGGGCAGCCCAAUAUACCUACAGUGCAACCUGCAUUCACCCAUACGGAAAUUGGAAUGGGACAAGUCUCAACAAUUCUUCUGGCACAGUAAGGUAAGACCUAUACAUGAUGUAAAAGAACAACCGCAAGAAAAGGAAGAUGAAGACUUCAUAAAAAGGAGAAUGUCUAAGGAUACAACUUAUAGUGUCCUUACAGACCCAACAAACCGUAGUUGGCUGGGAAAAAAGAUGAAUGAAGUAGCUAUUAAUAGCUUGAUUGAGACAAUUCUAAACAUUAUGAUUUAUGCUCCUCCUCCAUUGAAGUACCAAUACUGUGUUAGUGCACUAGGGCAAAUCUUUGCUUCUUACCAAGUGUCUCCACCCCUGCGCUCUGAAACAGCCCAUCGUCUGCUGGAUGAUACAACCAAUUCUAAUCCACUGAUCCGAGAGCUAGCCUGGGAAGGGCUGAAUCGUCUAGGAAUUAUCACUCAUCUCUUUGCCAUGGCUCUGGCCCAAGGGUUAAUGGACAAGGACCAAAGAGUGAGGAAUAAGGCACUGAACCUCAUGGCUGACACUGGAAUUCACUCUAAGACUUCACUCUUAAACUUGAUCCAGAAUCGAGAUACUUUCCAGGGGAUGCAGCAGGAAAUGAUUGGUGAAGAAAGCCUGGACAAUCUGCUAGGGAUGCGUGCCACUGAUCUCCAAAUUCUUCAUACUCAAGUGGAGCAGCGAUUAAAUGAAAACCUGACCUUGUCACAUGGAGAUGAAAAGCCUUCUUUUUCUUUAGAUGUCUCAAGGAGUCCUAAAACAAUAACCAUUCUCAAUGAAACUGAUGUAAUUCCGGAUGAAUUUGCAGUUGUCAUCAAGCCCAGCAAAGGCCAUAGACGGGGCCGGGCAGGGGGAAGAAAGCAUACCCAUAAGAAGUUGAAAGAGACUGGCACAGAGCCAAGUCCCUUAGAAGGUGAAAGUGAUCAGAGUAAAGUUGCACCAAUUGAGAUGGAGGAUACAGCCAUCUCUUCGGGUUCUCCAAUCUAUAGUUUACUAAAAAUUUCUAAAGAUGCUGAACAACAGCCUCCAGAGAAAGAUAUCUCAAAGGAUAUUGCAAUGACCUUGCGGAUGCUCAGGAAAAUACAAGACAAAAAAGGUAAGAAAACAGCUCAGAAACACAUAAAGAGGCACAAAAAAAAGACAAAGCAAGACGAAGUUAUAAUUGAGGAACCUCUGUCUGAAGUAAAGGAAGAACCAUUUGUGAAGAAGGUGCAAGACACAAAGCGGGGUGCCUUUGGAGCUCCUGGACGCAGGUCUACCGCUGGAGAUGGCUCAUCCUGGCGAGAUGAUUUAUGUCGUCUUAUGACCCUGAGGAUAUCUGGUUCCCAAACAACAAUGUUAGAAUCUCUAAACACUGAGUUAGUAACCAUGGCUCAGAAGGUGCUGGCAGAUAAACGCCCUAGCUGGGAGCUCUUUGAGAAGAUCUGUCCCCUGCUGAAGAAAGAAAGUGAAGUUCUGCUUGAGGACCUUGACUGGGAUGUAGCUUGGCCAGAGGAGAAACCAAUAAUUAUUCAUGAAGAAGCAAUUAGAGAGGACAUGGUGAGCAGAGAAACUAAAGAAAUACUAGAGGGGCAGGAUCAAGUACAAAAGGAAUCAAGGGAUAUACAGGAAUUACAGGAAAUCCAGGUGAUUCCCAAAAAGGGGAAGAAAAAGAAAGUUAUUUUUUUAGAACCAGGUGACCUAACCAAGGGGAAACUAAUGCUGAAACAAGAAGAUAAGAAAUCCUCUAAGAAACCCUCUGUGCAAAAGAGGAAAGUAGUCCAGAAGGAAAUAAAAGUGGAGAAAAAAGAGGAGAAAAUGACCACAGGAGAGAGGGAUAUGAGUCUGGAAGAGGAAGAAAUGGCCAAAGUAGAGGAAAAAGUGGUUGAGCAAGAAGUAAGACCAGUUACAGAUGAGAAGAAGCUGUCUUUGCAAGAUUGGAGAAAAUCCUGGGAUGAGUGGAAACAGGCUCAUGGUGAUACAAGGAUAUCCUGGGAUAAAUGGGAGAAAGCUUGGGAAAGGGAGACUCUUGAGGAAGAGGAGAAACUACAAGAGGACAAAGAUGAGGAAAAGCUGGCUGGAGAAAAGAGGAGGCUGGGAUGGGAUGAGGGGGUACAUGUCUGGGAAACUAUGUCAGACAGGUCCAGGGAGUUCAAGGAUGAAGAGGAAUUGACCCUGGAUAAAGAAUUGUCUCAGGAGUGGGAAAAAGAAGCAAAAAAGGGAGAAGAAGAAGAAGAAGAAGAAGAAGAAGAAGAAGAAGAAGAAGAAGAAGAAGAAGAAGAAGAAGAAGAGGAGGAGGAGGAAGAGGAGGAGGAGGAGGAGGAAGAGGAGGAGGAGGAGGAGGAGGAGGAGGAGGAGGAAGAGCUGUUGAUAGAAGAGCAGAGACAGAUCCGGGAAGAAUAUAAACAGGCUAAGGUUGAGAGGAAACGAAUCCGAGCUGAAAGAAAACAAGCCAAAGAAGAGAGGAAGCUGGCACAAGAAGAAGAGAAGCUGGCACAAGAAGAGGGAAAAUUAGCUCAGGAAGAGAGGAAACUGGCCAGAGAUCACAGGAAACUGAUUCAGAGAGACAGAAAAAUGGCCCAGGCAGAGAGGAAGUUUGUCCAGAAAGAGGAAAAACUGGCCCAAAGAUCAGUGUGGCUAAGCCAGGGAGCAGAGAAAUUGGCCCAGAAUAGGACAAAACUGGCAAAAAAAAUGGAGAAACUGGCUGACAAAGAAGAGAAAAUAGCAAAGAAAAGAAGGAAACUAGCUGAUGUUAAAACUCUAUUGGUCCCGAAAAUGGAGGAAGUGGUCCAGAAGGAGCAAGAUAUGGAAUGGCAGGAAAAGGAACUAGCCCAAGAAUUGGAGGAGUUGACAUGGGAAGAGGAGGAACUGGCUUGGAAAGAAGAGCAACUGAAUCAGGAAGAGGAGGAAUUAGUUAAGGAAGAAGAGAGACUGGCUCAGGAGGAGAAGACACUGGCCUGGAAAGAGGAUAAUCUGGCUAUGGAAAAUAAAAAUGUGGUCCAGGAAGAAGAGCUGCUGAUCCAGGAAGAGAAUAAACUGGCUGAGGAGAAAGAAUUUCUGCCUGAGGAAGAAGAAGGGCUUGCCCAGAAAAGGGAGCAGUUGAUGGAGAAUAAGGAAAAACUGGCCCAGGAAAAGGAAAUUUUGAUCCAGGACAAAGUGGAACUUGCAAACAAGAAGAAAAUACUAGUCCAGAGGAGGAAGACUGUGGAUCUGGAUCAGAAGAAGAAACUGGAUCAGGAGAAGGUAGAAUUGAUUAAUAGGAAAAAGAACUGGCACCAGCUUAAAGAAAAUCUUUCCCAGAACAAAAAUAAACUACUACAAGCAAAGGAGAAACUGAACACGUACAAAGAAAAAUUAUUUCAGGUAGAGAAGACAUUGGUGAAAGAAAAGGAGGAAAUUUUCCAGAAGAAGGAGGAACUGGCUGAUGUAGAGAAAAAACUGGCACAAGUAGAACAAAACCUGGCUGAGAAACAGCAUAACCUGGCCCAGGACAAAAUGAAAUUCACUGUGGAGAAGAAGGCAGAACUUCAAAAACUGAACCUGUUUAGUAAAGAAGAUGAUAAUACUAAGAAAAAAAAAACAUUGGACAUGGAAAUGAAGAAACUAGCCCAGGAGAAGGUGAGACUGGCUGAAGAAAAGGAAACUCUCUCAAAGGGAGAGAUUCAAGAAACGUCAACACAGAGGAAACUGAAUGAGAAUGAAUUAGAACUACUUAAAAGGAAAUUGUCACUAGAGGAGAAGAUACUGUCAUAUGAAGAUAGGAUAUUGGCCACAAAACAAAGUGACAUUGCCAAAGAAAACUUAGAUUUUGCCAGAGAAGAAAGAGUUUAUGCCCAGGAAGAAAGGAAGCUAACCAAAGUAAUAACGAAGCUGACUAAAGAAAAGAUUUCUAAUAAACUAUUUAAAAUUAGCAAAACAAUCUUAAAUAUAUUUAAAAACCUUAUAAAAAAAGAGAGGAUACUAACCCAGGAAAAAACACAGAUGACACAGAUAACAAGGUCAUUCUUGGAGCAGGAAAGUAUUUUGAGCAAAGAACAAAAAGAACUUGAUGCUAGAAAGUUGGAUAUUUCUGAGGAACAACCAGAGAUGACCAAAGAUGAGGAGAAACUGGCUAGGAAACAGAGAAAACUGGCUAAGGAAAUGAGAAGAAUGAUAAAGAAAGAGCAAAAAAUAACUGAGGAGGAAACCAGAUUGUCCAGGCAACAGAGACAUUUCAUGAAGGGAGAAGAGGAGUUGGGACCAACAGAGGAAGAAGAAGAAAUGAUAAUUCUUAAACAAAAGCAAAGUAAGAAAAAAGCACUAAAGAGAGUUAAAAUGCCACGGGAAAAAUUUCCCAGUAAGGGGGAUGAGGUAGAAAGUAAAGAGAGCUUUUCUGAAAAAGUGGAAAGUCUGUUAGAUGAAAUAGAGCGAGAGAGUUUGUCGGAGGAGGAGGAGAAGGAAGAAGUUAAGGAAAGGGAGGAGGAAGAAGAAGUGGAAGAAGAGGAGGCAAAAGAAGAGGAGAAAGAGGAAGAGGUGAAGGAAGAGAAGAAGACGGAGGAUAAAAAGGUGGUGGAAGAAGAGGAGGAAGAGAAGAAGGCGGCAACAGUGGCAGUAGUGGAGGAGAAGGAAGAAGUGUUUGAGAAGGAUGAAAGCAUGAUUAAGGAAGAUCUAGAAAGUUUGAGUGAUAAAGAAGAGGAGGAAGAGGCACGAAGUUCAUUGGAAGAAGACAUAGACAAGGAAAAAGAAAUAUUUAAAAAAGAAAAAUUACUUAAGUCACAAGAAAAAAGAGAAAAGGAUCUAGAAAGAAGAGAAAUAGUCCUUUCUAUUAUAAAAAGAACCCCUGAGGUCAAAGGCAGGGAUAUAAAUCUGAAAAUUCCAAAGAUCCCUUCCAAGAAACUGAUCUCAAUAGCUCUGGAGAGGGAAAAGACUAUACCAGUGCCAGUGUCUAAGAAACAAAUAUCCUGGAUAGAUAAGGCUGCAGUAUUGAAGACACCCAGAAUAUUCCCAGAGACAAAUUUUAUGGAUAAGCAACGCGAGCUAUUGAAGAAAUAUCAACCCAUUCCUCUACAAGUUUUGGAAUCCCAAGAGCCAGAUUUCAAGACCCCAUAUUUAUCCCACAUAUUGAGGAAGAGCAAAAAAGAACAGAAACUCAAAGGCAAACCACUAGGGGAUAGGUGGCAGUGGCUUUUGAAACGUCAUCCACCUCUGAUGGGACAAACUAAGGUGCCCCAAAUCCCAGGUAAGGAAAAAUUUGCAGAUGUAAGCCUCUCAGAUGCAGAGUGGGUCCGCCAUGUCCUAGAACAGAUAGAGGCAGGAAAACAGCUUUCCAGAGAUAGUUUCCACAGAUUGUGUCAGCUUGUCAAAGACCUUAUCUCAAAGGGAACCUUAGAGUGGAUGCAUCUAGCCAAACUUGAAACUAUCAUUUACCGUCACAGGCAGGUUCUGGAGUCACAAAGCACAUGUAUCUCAAAACCCAGUAAGAAGAUCAUGGGUCCUAAAUACUUGGAAGUGAUCCCUCCUAUAAAAAGAAAGAAAAAGUUAAGCCAUCUAAAACCUUUGGCUUUUUCUUCAUUAGCUAACAAAAGGAUUCCAGAGGCUAUAAAUUGGCAACUUCUAGCAGAGCCUUAUAGGAGUAAAUGGGUAAAACAGAUAUUCAGUGCCCUUAAGGAGAUGGAGAGGCAACAUGUUUAUCCUGCUACAAGAGACAUUGUCACAGGUGCCCAUGCCUCUGUAGAAAAACAAAUGCUAGCACUGAUGUUUCAAAAGGACUUAGGGGCUUUUAAGGAUAAAGGCAGGCUUCCCAAAUUUCCCAAGAUGGAGAAGACAACACAGCCUAGCUCUAAAAAACAGGAAGAAGUGCCUCUAUGGGAUACAUUUGUGGCACUCUACCAUGUUUUACGGAUGUUGCAGGAGCAAUAUGGAGAAGACCGUGCUGCUUGGACAGAACAGUUCUACCACCUCAUGGACCUGUACCAAUUUAAGUCCCCUGGAAUCCAGAGAUUGCUACAAGACCUGCUACUGAAAGAGGAACCCCAAUCCCAUAAGAUCAUCUACAAAGAGGCCCCAAAGGCGAUGGAGCUGGUUCCCGGGGAGCGAUUGUUCUACCACCUGUUUUGUGGUCGCUCUCAAAUUCCUAGAGGUCCUCUGGAGUUCCAGGAGGUGGUGUCUCUCUCAGGACAGAACAACGUGCAUACCAUGCUUCCAAUGGGCAUUGCCCAUUAUGGCAUCUUAGAACUUGCCUGGAAGAGCCUGCCCCAAGCUGAUAUUCACCUCACCAAUGAAUUGUCCCACAUUAUGGCUCCUAAUUUGGGAAUGACUGGACAUCAGGAUUUUUCAUUCCCACCUGGAGAAAGGUCUUGCCACCAGAUCUAG